AUGAACGGGGUUAAAGAUAUUGACUCACUGCGUGCUAAAGUUCGCGAUCAGGGUGAUGUAGUACGACGUCUCAAAGAAGAAAAAGCACCCGAAAAUGUUGUAAAGGAGGCUAUUUCUAUUUUAAAGGCUUAUAAGAAAUCUUUAGAUGAUAUGGAAAUUGAACUAUCUCCCAAAGAUCCUAGUUUUGACCGUGGUAAACUCGAAGAUCUUUUGAAACAGAAGUUUUUCUACGAUCAGUCUUUUUCAAUCUAUGGGGGUAUUCAGGGUCUAUAUGAUUACGGCCCAAUGGGUUGCGCUAUGAAAGCCAAUUUACUUGCUGCUUGGCGUCAGUUCUUUAUCCUGGAAGAUCAUUUGUUGGAAGUAGACUGCUCAAUGCUUACUCCUGAACCUGUUUUGCAAGCAUCUGGACACGUCGAUCGAUUUACAGAUCUGAUGGUUAAAGAUAUAAAAACUGGGGAUUGUUUUCGUGCUGAUCACUUAGUAAAGGCAGCACUUGAAGCCAAGAAAAAUAGUAAGAAAUCGUCUGCAAAUGAAAACCAGGAAAUUGAUAAAAUACUUUUGCAGUUAGACAACUAUGGAGCAGACGAACUACACCAAAUUAUACGCCGUUUUGAUAUCAAAUCGCCUACAACAAUGAACGACUUAACUGAACCUCAAGAAUUCAACUUGAUGUUUUCUACAAUGAUUGGUCCUACCGGUCAAUGUAAAGGUUAUCUUCGCCCAGAAACUGCCCAAGGAAUCUUUGUUAAUUUCCAGAGGCUCUUACUCUUUAAUCAAGGUCGUCUUCCUUUUGGAGCUGCUCAAAUCGGUUCUGCAUUUCGUAAUGAAAUAAGCCCUCGUUCUGGCCUAAUUCGCGUUCGAGAGUUUACCAUGGCUGAAAUUGAGUAUUUUGUAGAUCCUAGUGAUAAACGUCACCCCAAAUUCGAGGAUGUGAGAAAUACAGAGAUGUUACUGUACUCGUCAUGUGAUCAAAUGAGUGGCGAAAGACCUCGGAUUACUACUAUUGGGGAAGCGGUUGAUAAAGGUGUUGUGGCAAAUCAAACAUUGGGUUACUUUAUGGCACGAAUACACUUAUUUUUAGUUCACAUUGGUGUAGAUGCAAAACGACUACGAUUUCGACAGCAUUUAUCAAAUGAAAUGGCUCAUUAUGCCUGUGAUUGUUGGGAUGCUGAAUGUCAAACAAGUUACGGUUGGAUUGAAUGUGUUGGUUGUGCAGAUAGAAGUUGUUAUGACUUAAAUCAACAUAGUAAAGCUACUGGUGCCCGUUUAGUCGCAGAAAAACUGUUAGAUGAACCUCAAACUGUACAAGUCUGCGAAUGUAUACCUAAUAAAGGUGAAUUAGGAAAAGUAUUCCGAAGUGAAGCAAAAAACAUCAUACAACAAUUAAGCUCACUUACUCUUGAUGAAUCUCGUAAUUUCAAUAAUGAAUUAAAAAGCACCGGAAAAGCUACAUUAACAGUUAAUGGAAACCAAAUUGACCUCAAUAAUUCAAUGGUUCAGUUUAAAGAAUAUGAAAACACUGUACACGUUACUGAAAUAGUACCUAAUGUAAUUGAACCUUCGUUUGGCAUUGGUCGAAUAUUGUAUACCAUAUUUGAACAUUCAUUCCGUGUGCGUGAAGGUGAUGAACAGCGCACAUAUUUAUCUGUCUCUCCGAUAUUGGCACCGUAUAAAUGUUCCAUACUACCACUGUCAAAUCAUGCUGAUUUCACUCCAGUUGUUCGCAAGUUAUCUUCAGAGCUGACUAAAUAUGCUAUUUCACAUCGGAUCGAUGAAAGUAGCGGUUCAAUUGGACGACGAUAUGCUCGUACAGAUCAAAUUGCUAUCCCAUACGGAAUUACUAUCGACUUUGACACUUUGAAUAAGUCACCAGCUUCAGCAACACUUCGUGAACGUGAUAGUAUGAAACAAAUCAGAGUACCUUUGGAUGAACUGCCUUCAUUGAUGUCUGAUAUUGCUAAUGGCAAUAAAUCUUGGGAUGAUGCACAAGCCAAGUAUCCAGCAUUUGAACAACAAGAAACGGCUCAAAAGCAGACACAAGCACAAGUUUCAUCAAAUGAUCAAUCAUUUGAUUCGAUAACCGCAAAUUUCAGUCUAAAUGAAGUAAGCAAUCCAGUAGUAGAAGAGCCGACUAAUAUCACUAAAACAAAUCAACAGACGAAUCUUGUGCAAGAAGAACAAACUGUUGAAUCUAAAGAAACUUGUCCUAGUCGAUUGGGAAAGAAGGCUCUUAAUUGGACAGAUUGUGGUAAAACUAUUCGGAAGCGUUAUAAAGAACAAGAGGAACGGGAAAAACUAUUCACUAUGCAGAAUACUUCAACACAUCCUAGUAUAUCAAAAGAUUUCUCGCGAAACACAGAAACCACAGUUAGUAUUUCGGAUUAUGAUGCUGAUCAUGAAGAUAAUACUAGUAGUGUUGAUAACUUAUCGCAUAUUAAUCCUCAAAAUCCUAGUGUUCAAGUUUCUGAUUCUUCUCAUUCGACAGAGCACUUGAAAUCUCCCGUUACAGAAUCACUAACCAACGAUAAGAAUUCUACAGAACUUGACAUCCCAUCUGAAUAUCCACCACUUUCAUCAACUAAUAAGUCCACAGAGAAACUCCCAUACCAUGGAGUUUUUGUUGGAGAUGGAUGGCCUGAUGUUGGUAGAAAAGUGGUUUCAGAGCCGAAAAUCAAUUCCACUGAUUCGUGUAUCUUGAAAAAUAAUCAUAAAUCAGACAAAUCUCAGCUUUCUUCAGAUUUGGCAUCUUUCAGUGUUCAAAAGUCUGAAAAUGAAAAAAGUGUGCAUAACGAAAAUUGCCCUGAAUGGAUUUCUGUUUUAGCCAAAUUAAAUCAACCAGAAUUUGAAAGUGAAAUGAGUCAGUUUCUUGAUGUACGUUCAACUACGGUAAAAAAUGAAAAUAUGACACGUAGUAGUUUUGUUUUGAAAAACAACAGCGAACCUGUUACAAUUCAGUCAAAUGAAUUACCUUACCAUGGACUUUUUGUUGGUGAAGGAUGGCCUAGUGUUAAACCUGAAAAGAAAAAUAAUAUGGUAAUACAUAGUUCUGGCGAAUCUGAAACUGUGAAUAGUGAAUUGAAAAAAAUACACCAAAAUGAGGAGAAUAAACCAAUUAAUAAUCAGAUAACAGAAAGUAUGAACAAAUGUGACUGGACUACAGUCAUCUCUCAAAUUCCUGAGGGUCUUAUAGAUUCAGAACAAAAUCAGCUUAAUCAGGUUGAUGUAACUGACUUAAAUGCUUUCAAUACUAAUACUCCAAAACAAGUUUCAACUACUCCAGUGACUUCAGUUUCUCAGAAUUUUCAACCCGAUCCACUCGCUACAUCAUUGUCACCAAAUGAUCAAGAAAAAUCUACAACUGUUGAUACAUUUGAAAAACACAGUAAUUUGGAAUCUGUGACACCACCCAAUCAAUCCCAAAAAACGGAAGAUCAACAUAAUGCUCACUUGUCAGUGGAAUCUGUUUCUGAGACGACAAUUCUAAACAAUAAUACCACACAAAAUGAUUUGAAGGAAGAACCGGAGUUAUUUGUCAGCAAUUCGCCCACAAUCCUAACCCAUAUGAAAUCAGAUACAACAGAAACAGAAUCAGAAUUAAAAACUAUCAAAAUGGAUUCAGAUGUACAUGACGAUGCUGGCAAAUCGCAUCAUUCUAACAUAACUGAAACUAAUCAUAAUAAACCGACCGGAGAAUCUCAAUCAUUAGCAAAUUUAGUAAUAAACUCUGAAGUCCUUCACGAUAAGAUUGAAUCUUCCACUAUUAGUAAUAAUAACCUUAUUAAACAAACCGAAGCCACUUCAUCUAAAAACAACAACAAACCGAAAAAACAUAAAAACAAACAUAAGAAAAAGAAGAAAACUGCUUAGACUCACUCAUCACUCACUCACACACACACAUUAUUUUAUUCUAUAAUCUUUAAGUUCAUUUUCACUUAACUAUGUGAUCUUACUUUAACUUUUAUUUUUUCUUGCCUUUUCUUAUUGCUUAAAAUAAUAACAGUGAUGUAAUGAUUUACAAACGACAUAAUAAGCAAAUAAGUAGGUAGUAACAUACUACUUAAUUGCUAUAUGCCUUUAUUUAUCACAAAACUGUAUAAAGUGAAUAGAAAAUUCAGUUUCU